GACUUCUUUGCGGCGGAAACUGAUAAAAUCAGCUGUGCGCCAGGUGCUUCAUCGGCAGAUUGUAUCUUCUUGAUAAAUGUAAAUCGCAAUUCCUGCAUUUACCUUUAUCUGUCUUUUACGUGGCUGCAUUUGUUCGGCGGUAAACCCAUUCCAGUCGAGCAUCAUGCAUUUUGAUUUAAAAAGCACUGAAAAAUGGCGACACCUUCCGAAAGUGGAACUGCAUUGCCACUUUGAAGGAUGUAUUCCCUAUGAAAUCGUUAUCGACGAGCACCAACGCCAAGGCAUUCCGCUGCCUGCCGCGUCCGAUGCAGAAUGCAGGAAAGCGUUCGUUCUGGAGAAGCCGGCGAAGAAUCUGGAAGAUGCUCUCCCUACGCUGGAACGUGGCGCAAUCAUCUUUGAAGAAGCGCGUGCCAUCACUCGUGUUGCCAGCGAAGUAGUUUUCCGAAAAGCAAUGGAGAAUGUAAAGCUGCUGGAAUUGCGAUACUGUCCGCCGUUUGUUGAAUCCAAGAGCAAAGGCAAGAUAUCAAUGGAGGACGUCCUGGUGGCCAUACAGGAGGGCAUCACCUUCGGCAUCAACCGGGCUCGGGAACAAGAUAAAGAAAUCCAUGUCUUCCUGAUCGCGUCGGGACUGGCUGCUCUGGGCAGCGAAUCACUGCAAAAGGCCGUAGACUUCGUAAUUAGGCAUAAGAAGGACUUCGUGGCUUUCGAUUUGUGUGGACCGGAAAAGGAUCUCAAUCAGUAUGACAAGUAUCUGAACCAGGUCCAUGACGCCGGCAUUGGCGUCACCAUCCACGCAGCGGAAAGCACCGAACCGAAAAACGCCCAGAUUGCCGUGGAGAAAUUACAUGCAAAACGCAUUGGACAUGGCAUAAAAGUCGUGCAAGACGCGGCAGUGUUCGAGUAUCUCCGACAACACAACAUUCACCUAGAGAUCAGUCCGAUUAGUAACUUAUGUACCGGUGAGGUGAAGGCCGCCAGUGAACAUCCCAUCGCGAAAUUCCACAAGGAUGGAUUCAGCCUGUCCAUCAACAGUGACGAUCCGGCAUGUUUCGGCUCCUGUCUUUCCGAUGAUUACGCUCUAAUUCACGAAAAAUGUGGAUUCGGCACAGCUGACUUCUUUCAGAUAAACCGUUCCGCGUUGCAAGCCUCCUUCGUAUCGCAAGAGCUGAAAAAUACGCUUCUCCAAGAAUAUUUUUCAGAGGAGAAGGAAAAAGAAUGGAUUUUUACUUUCGAUUAUUGACAUGCAAAACGGGCAAAGAAUUCUAACUGCAGCAAUAUUUCUAGUGUUUUCUGAAUGAAAGUACUUAGCAGCAGCACAAACUUGCAUUGUAUUCACUUUUGAACUAUCUAGUAAAUUUUUCUUUCAUGUUAAUUAUUUUUGCCAGUCAGAAUGGGAAUGUGGGUUAAAUUUCGUUUUUGCAAGCACGUCUGCGGUAAAACA